UUUUUUGGGCCCGGAAUCCUCGUCUGCUCAGUGGACAAUAUGCCGGCACAGAUUCCGAGAGAGGCGACAAAGUUCUUCGGCAGGGCUCUUCUCCCAUACUUAAUGGACAUGGUGAGUUUCCCAAUACUCCGUCUGGACACAGUCACAACGGCCAAAGUGUGCGUUAUGUCCGUUUUUGCCGACACACACUAAAGCUGUGGUAUGCAUGGGGAGGAUUGGUUAAAAUGAAUAGGAAAAAGCUAAUCCCCGGGUACUGA